AUGAGCAGUGGGGUUAAGGGAGGUGCGGGUAGGGUUCCGAUUCCGAGCGGUGUUAAGAAGACGAUCGACAAUAUAAAGGAGAUUACUGGGCAGAAUCACAGUGAAGAUGAGAUUUAUGCAAUGCUCAAGGAAUGUAACAUGGAUCCCAACGAAACCACCCAGAAGCUUCUACUUCUCGAUACAUUCCAUGAAGUCAAAAGAAAACGUGACAGGAGAAAAGAGAACAUGUCUAAGGAGCAUGCUGAGUCGAAGUGGAAGCCUAGCCCACAGACUCGGACAAAUAGAGUGGGUCGUGGGAACUACCCAUCAAGAUAUGCGCCUCAAGAUGCUGGUGGUGGGAGAAAUAUGGCUGCUGCAAAGGAAAAUGCUACUAGCCACCCUACUGAGAAGUGUACCGGCAAGCUCCCCUUGGCUUCUUCACAAGACAUGAGAAAGAAUGAAAUAUCUUCCUUUGCAAGCCGUGCUAGUGUUGCGUCUAAUGGUCCAUCUGGUAUUACCUCCCAGAGUAUCAAUAUUGUACAUGAGAACCAUGGUGAGGGUACAAUCUCUAUUGGUUCCGUUAAGAGCGCCGAUGCUCUGGGGGGUAAGGAUAUAAAGCAGCACCAAAUUCGGGACUCGAACUGCACAGCAUCUGUUCCUGCACCACUUGCUGCAGGAUCUUAUUCGUCUUCUUCAGAUACUGUACAGUUGCCUUCUCAACAAUCACAACUCCCUAAUGCUGUGGGGUCUAUCGAACGUGAUUUGGGAAGUCAAGGUGCCUCCAUUCAACAGCUUGACAACAAUCUUACUGAUAAACCAUCUUCUGCCAAAAUAUCUGCUUCUGAAGCUGGGACUACUACUUUGGAGAAAAUGGUGCAAAAUGAAUUCCAAGGAGUUGUGAAGAAUCAGCUUUCAGAGUCCAUGCAGACUACAUCAUCUGCUAACAGCAGGCCUUCAUCUAAUUAUAACAAUAGGUCUCAAGUGAUUGGUUCGCAAAAAGUGGGUCCUGGCAAGGAGUGGAAACCUAAAUCCACAAACCCCCAUAUUGGUCAAGGUGGCACGACUGCUGGUUCAUCGGAGGUUCUUGUGGUAUCUGGUGGAAGUCAUUCUGAACCGCAGACAACUCCUGUUCUCACUUCACAAGAAACCAUGUCAGAGCUGCAGGGGAAGCUGGAAGAAAUUUGUAUUUCAGAUAGCCAGCAUGUGAUUAUUCCUAAUCACCUGCAUGUACCUGAAGUUGAAAAACUUGGAUUUUGUUUUGGGAGUUUUGAUGCAAGUUUUGGAUUGGACAUGAACCAAAAUAGUGUUGUUGGGAGAGAGAAGAGUCCAUCAAUGUCGGAAUCCACUGAGCCUGUUGAUGGACCCGUGAUGGAGCUACAUUUAAGCAGCCAAGAUGCAUUGGUAACUGCAGAGGAUACUGAUGUAAAGUAUCCCGAUCAGCCCCAAUCACCUUCACAAGGACCAGAAACCUUUGCUACGAGUGAGGUUGAAGAAUCAUCAUCCAUUAACCCUGAUUAUAGUGAAUCCAAGACGGAGGUCGCCCCAGGAAGUUAUCAACACCCUGUAGUCCACACUUCAAACGACAGUUUGGGUUUUAUGCCACCAACGAUGGGUGGCCAGCUUGCACCUGCAGAAAGUUCAGAAUCUCAAGCACGUGAUGCUUCUAGAAUGCCAGGCUUUGUGAUGCCACAAACUUUUGAUCCAGCAAGUUAUUAUGCUCAAAUUUAUCGUUCUGGCUUGGACAACGACGGCCGCAUAUCUCCUUUUCAAUCAGCUGGACAAGCAAACAAGUUUCCUGGAAAUGCUGCAUUGGUCUCUGCACAGACUUCUCAAGAGUUUCAGGGUGGUGUCCCUUUAGUUCUAUCUACAGCAUCUCAAACACCUCUCGUUACCCAAGCAGCUGGGGUCAUGCCGAGCUCUAUGACUGCAAUCCAGCAACCCCUUCCGGUUUUCCGCCAACCGGCCGGAGUUCACCUGUCCCACUAUCCUCCUAAUUACAUGCCAUAUGGGCCCUAUUUUUCCCCAUUCUAUGUCCCACCACCCACCAUUCAUCAAUUCUUGAGUAAUGGUGCAUUCCCUCAGCAGCCUCAGGCUGGCGCCGGUUUGUAUCAGUCAGCACCUGGGACAAAUGCCAAAUUUCCAGUUUCUCAAUAUAAGCAGGGACCAAACACGGGUAGCUCGGCUCACAUUGGCUUGCCUGGCAAUUACGGGCCGUAUGGUCUUUCCAUGUCCAACUACACGUCGGGUUCAGUCACAGCAACUGUUACUUCAACGUCUAAUGAGGAUAUUUCGGCUGCUCAAGUGAAGGAUAACAAUGUCUAUGCCACUGGCCAACAGAAUGAAAGUUCUGGUGUAUGGUACACUGCACCGGGCCGUGAUAUUUCAGCCUUACAGGCUAGUUCGUUCUACAAUCUUCCUCAAGGCCAGCUGACAUUUGCCCCAUCACAGCCAGGCCACGUACCCUUUACGGGAGUUUUCCAUCCAGCACAGGCAGUGACAGCAGCAAAUGUUCACCCGCUCUUGCAACAACCACAAGCAAUUACAAACAAUCCCGUCGAGAUGAUGGGGCCAACAGCCAGCAUUUACCAGCAACCGCAGCACACACAACUAAACUGGCCGAGUAACUACUGA